GCGCUCUAAUUAAUAAUCACCCCUAAACCAUAUACACUCCUGUAACCUCUGCCUGCCUUAAGCUAAGCCGAUGGAGAUCAAGCUCGUCUUCUUCUUCCUCCUCCUCCUGGGUUUUGGCAACGCGGAGGAGGAACUCGACACCGAAACCUGCGACGUCGCCAAGCUGUCGGCCGAGAUUGGCACCUACUGCGAAUUCGACCAAGGGAGGAUGUACCCCGGCCGGUGCUGCGACAGCAUCAUCGACGCCGCGGAUGGGCACGAUGGCGGUGGCACUCAGUGCAUCUGCCGCGUCUGGAUGGAGGAUGCGGUGAGAAAGACCGGGAUCACUUUCAGAGAGUUGUUGCAUAAGUACAUUGAUUGUGGUGGUCUGCAGCCCAGCCUACCUCAUCUUGCCGACUCCGCUUGCUCAGCUGCUCCUGAGAUGGUAGGCACACUUCCAGGUCCAGGCAAGAUCAGCGGUGCAGACACCACCAACGUCGGAGUCAUCUUCUCCGCCAUGAGGCCGGCCAUUAUCGUCAAUAAAAUGCUAGCUAGUACUUGAUACAUAUAUAUAGCGAGUGUUCGUUGGGGUAUUUGUUAAGUUAAUUUAGUGUUAUUGCCGGCUAAUAAUAUAUAUAGUAGAGAAGCUAUGAGUUUGAUGUCAUAUUGCAGUGCAUUACAUCGUUUUGUUAUUAUAUUUUGAAAGCAGACUGUAAGUUCCCUGACGCUCUAUUUGAGAGAUAAAAAGAUUAUUAUGCCGAAAGAGAUCAA